CUGCAGACCAUGACUUUGAGAGUUAUCUGAGCUCCUCCUUUACUGCAUCAGAACAAGAGGAAAUGCGCUGAAGGCGUGUUAAUAAUCAAGGCUUAUAGUAGCUUCUGCGUCGUGAUGUCGGGUUGCGUCGAGAAAGGUCUGUUUAGCCGUUUUAAUUAUUUUUACACGAAAUAAUCUCGGGACAUUCUGCUGCACAAUCAUGGAUGUUACUGAAUCUUACGGCUUCUGGAUCCUUUUAUUUCUGUCUUUAUGGAAAUCUUCGCUCGGCCAGAUUGUCUAUUCCGUCUCCGAGGAGGUAAAUAAGGGAACUGUGAUCGGGAAUAUAGCGAAAGACCUGAAGAUCAGUGCUCAGGAACUAGAAUCACGCGUGUUUCAGAUUAUGUCUGGAUCUAAUGCGAAGUAUUUUGAUGUAAAUGUGAAAACGGGCUCACUGUUUGUCAAAGACAGGAUUGAUCGUGAAGAGUUGUGUGGCAGUAAUCAGAAAUGCGCUUUAAAUGUAGAGGCUCUUGCUCAGAAUCCUCACAGACUUUAUCAGCUUGAAAUUAUAAUAUUGGAUGUGAAUGACAAUGCUCCAGUUUUACCAGAUGAUACAUAUGUUGUUAAUGUUACAGAGAUCGCAAAUGAAGGAGACAGAUUUCCUCUUCCAGUUGCAAAAGAUUCAGAUGUUGGCAGUAAUUCUCUGAAAGACUAUAAACUUAGUUCAAAUGAAUAUUUUUCUGUCGAUGUUCAUAUCGGGCAAAAGAGUAUAUCUGCUGAAUUAGUGCUACAGAAAGCUUUAGACAGAGAGAAACAAGCUGUUAUUCAUUUAAUACUCACCGCUAUUGACGGAGGAAAACCUCCCAAAUCUGGAACACUGAGUAUUGUUGUUAAUAUCAUGGAUGUAAACGAUAAUAAACCUAUUUUCAGUAAACCUUUGUACAAAGUUAAAGUGAAAGAAAACACAAUGAUUGGAGCCAAAAUAAUUACUGUUUCUGCCAGUGAUUUGGAUGAAGGCAUCAACAGUGAAAUUCAGUAUUCGUUUCAUGGAAAUACGCAUGAAAGUAACCUGUUUAGUAUAGAUUCUAACUCAGGGGAAAUUGUUGUUCAAGGUCAGAUUGAUUAUGAAGAAUACCCUGCCAUUGAACUGCGUGUUCAGGCGAGAGAUAAAGGCAGUCCUCCUAAAAGUACACACUGUAAAGUUUUAAUAGAAGUUUUAGAUGAAAAUGACAACGUGCCUGAAAUAGUUACGACUCCUCUGCUGGAAAGUGUGAAAGAAGACACAAAGUCAGGAACAGCAGUUGCUUUAAUUAAAGUCUCUGAUAAAGAUGGAGGUAAAAAUGGCAUUGUACACUGCUCUCUGAAAGACUCUUUUCCUUUCAAACUGGAGACAUCAUAUAACAAUCAUUAUUCUCUAGUGGUAGAUGGACCUCUGGACAGAGAGAGUGUUUCUCUGUAUAACAUCACAAUUACAGCUGCAGAUGAAGGAAGUCCGUCUCUUUCCAGCAGCACUGUUAUAACUGUACAUAUCUCUGAUGUUAAUGACAAUGCUCCACAUUUCCCAGCUCCCGUUAUUAACGCUUUUCUACGUGAGAACGGUCAAGCUGGAGGUCUGGUGACAAAAGUGUCCGCUGAUGAUUCAGACACUGGUGAAAAUGCACAACUUUCAUAUUCACUGUUAGACAGUUCCAGCUCCAGUGUUCCUGUAACAACACUGAUAAAUAUAAACUCUUUGAGUGGAGAAAUAUUCAGCUUGCAGUCAUUUAAUCACGAAGAAACAAAGAGGUUUCAGUUUCAAGUUAUGGCCACAGACUCUGGUGUUCCUCCUCUGAGCAGCAACUCGACUGUAAAUGUGUUUAUUCUGGACGAGAACGACAACAGUCCGGUUAUUUUAGCUCCUUAUUCUGAACCUGGAUCAGUUAAUAGUGAGAACAUUCCCUACUCUGCUGAAGCGGAUACUUUGUAGCCAAGAUCAGAUCUGUUGAUGCUGACUCUGGAUAUAACGCACUUCUGUCUUAUCAUCUAACUGAACCCAAAGGAACCAAUCUGUUCCGCAUCGGAAGCAGUUCUGGAGAAAUAAGGACUAAGAGACGAAUGA